UGGAUAUCAGUCGUGCAGAACAAAACACUGGGACACAUUACACCAUGGCACUGAAGCCGGACUCCUACGUUGUGCUGAACGAUGGGCAUAAGAUGCCGGUGAUUGGAUUUGGCACCUAUGCCCCCGAAACGUACACAAAAGAACAGGCUGAGAAGGGCACUAAACUGGCCAUCGAGGUCGGAUACCGCCACAUUGACGGCGCUUUUAUGUAUGGGAAUGAGGUUCAGGUCGGCCAAGCCAUAAAUUCAAAGAUUGCUGAUGGGACGGUGAAGAGAGAAGACAUUUUUUACACUGGAAAGCUGUGGAAUAAUAGCCACACUCCCGAGAGGGUCCGUCCUGCCCUGGAACACUCCCUGAAGGAUCUCCAGCUGGAUUACAUGGAUCUCUUCAUUAUACACACACCUAUGGACUUUCAGCCUGGAGAUGAUCUCUUUCCCACAGAUGAAAAUGGGAAACCAAUUUUUCAUAACACAGAUAUCCGAGAUACAUGGAAGGCUAUGGAAGCGUGCAAAGAUGCCGGACUGGUCCAAUCCAUUGGUGUCUCCAAUUUUAACCGCCAUCAAUUGGAAGUGAUCCUCAACAUGCCAGAACUGAAAUACAAACCAGUCUGCAACCAGGUAGAAUGUCACAUAUAUCUCAAUCAGAGCAAAUUACUGAAGUUCUGCAAGUCUAAUGAUAUUGUGCUGGUGGGAUACAGUGUACUGGGAUCCAGCAGAGCAGAGAAGUGGAUUGACCAGAAUUCCCCUAAAGUGCUUGAAGACCCCGUAUUAAAUACAAUCUCUAAGAAGGUGAACCGCUCCCCGGCCCAGGUGGCCAUGCGAUAUCUGUUACAGAGGGGAAUUGUCGUUCUUGCAAAAAGUUUUAGCCCUGAAAGGAUCAAACAGAACUUCCAGGUUUUCGACUUUGAGUUAAGUGGUGAAGACAUGAAAACUCUGGAUGGAGUCAAUAAAAACUUGCGUUACUUGAAUUUUGAUACCUGGCAAGAACACCCUAAGUAUCCCCUCCAUGAUGAGUAUUAGGAACAUUGCAUUGGUACACCAUAUUCUGACUGUCGAUGGUUGAUCUAUGUUGCGGAAUCUGACUAUAAUGUUUUCACAUCCAUUGAAUAUGAAAUGGCCAAGCACAGUCUUACAGUCUCGGUGAGGCAUUGUAAGGCUCAGUUCAGAUGAGGUGGAAUAUUUGUAAAGAUUUCAUCGCGAUUACACAUUAAAACCUGCACGUGUUCAACAUUUUUCUGUAUUCCAAUAAAAGAUAAGUCUGCAGUUUUCUAUGAUAUUGCAGGUCAAUUCAAUGGGU